ACAGGUGCACACAACAGCGUAUGCCUCCAGCUGCAGUAAAGUAUAAUUGCUCAUUUCGGGGACGGCUCUAGUUACGCUGCAUUUUAUGUCAUUUUUUUUACUUCUUUGAAAGAUAAAAGCGAAACAGCAGGCGAAGUAGAUUUCUUGCAAUUUGUGCACCAUUUUGUUUGGGAAGGUGCAGUCACAUCCGAGGAUGCAAUAUCAAGUUUUCCUUCAGUUAGGAGCAGUUUGCCUCAGCAUCCUCCUCGUAAAGAUUGCAGACUGUAAAGAUGAAGAUUACUACAAACUUCUUGGACUGAGACGGUCAGCGACAGACAAACAAAUCAAGAAAUCAUUCAGAAAGCUCGCUGUUCUGUAUCAUCCAGAUAAGAACAAGGAUCCGGAUGCUGAAGAAACAUUUGUAAAAAUUGCUAAAGCUUACGAAGUACUAUCGGAUCCAGAGCAACGUAAGCUUUAUGAUCGACUCGGUCUGAGAGAAUAUGAGAAUCAAGGUAACCGUGGAAACGCAGGAGGCGGAAGCCGGCACGGAGGACAACAGUUCAAUUUCAAACAGUUCUUUGCAAACUUUGACGCAGGCUUCGAGGGCAUGGGAUCCAAGUUUGGAGGUGACUUCUGGGGAGGAUUCGAUGAGGACUUCUUUAGCUCUGGUUUUCCUUCUCAUAAUAGAAUGCACCAACAUCAACGCACCGCUCACAAUGCACAUGUAAAGGCUCACAAUCACGCACGGUCAAAGAGAGAGCAGAGAGGAUCUCAUGACUCCUUUUUUGGCGACAGUUUAUUUGACGACGCUCAUGGGCACCGAAGUACAUUUCACUCCACUCAUCAUAAAGUACAUUCAAACGGCGGAAGAACGUGCAGAACAGUGAAGCAACGUGUUGGUAAUAUGAUAACAACUUAUACAGAUUGUUCCUAGUUAAAUCUAAAUGUUUAUCUUAUUAAUUACAUCCAUCCAAACUCAGUCCUUCCAAGCCCAUUCAUCUACAGCGGUUUACAGAUCAAUUAUUUCACUUUUAUUGAAGAAAUGUAAAUUUUUAUGAUCAUUUUGGGACCUUUAGCCUCUUUGAGGUAUGGUUGGCACUGUAGGGCUGCACUCCUUGGUUUGGGUGUGAACA